AUGACCAGGCGGUCUAGCCUGGUUAUUAAUGAAAGCCGUGCAUCACUAAAUCCUGACACGGUUGAGGAUACCUUGCCUGAUGCAGGCAGGCCGGGCCUCAAAAGUGUCGGCCUGUUUCGAGCCCUGGAGAGCGAUGUCACAGAUAAUGAUGAUGGUAUUGAAGAUCCAGAUAGUGCUUUUAAUUUUUGGACAACAAAAGCGUGUGCCCAUCAUGAUAUGGCAGUUACAACAUCGAAUUUUGCACAAUAUUUAAUCGAUAUUCAUGUUAAAACAAGUUGUAUAUCCAACAAGAAAACACUUGACAAAUACAUGCACUUUGUGAGUGAAUUUAGAAAAAAAGACGCGGGCGCUACACAAAGUACAAAAUUGAGACAUAUGUUUGAAACAAAACUUGUAUUAUCGUAUGAAAAUCGUAUUGACGAAAAUCGUGAUCAGCACAUAGUAUCAGUAGGAGCAGAAGAGGAUGCAAUCGAAAGUAUUCCUACAAAAUCGGAUCCAAACGACAUCUUGAAAACCCAUGAUUCGGGAGCUAUGGACGUAUUUUCUAAAGCCUUAGCACACCUCUGCCGUUAG